CGUUUAAAAUCAUUGGUUAACGCGCAUUAAUUUAUUGACAUCAAAUCAAGAAAAUGGCGCUGCCCAUGGCAUGUUCAUCAUGUUAUGUUGACCGAUAGCUAUUUUAAGGAAAUACGUUGUCAGAUUUGAAGCUUACUAAGGCGUUUUAAAAUACGUUUUAAUAUUUGGUUAGUUGGCAUUUAAUUCAUUUAUAUUAUACACUGAAUAUAAGCAAAUACAUUUUACAACUUAGUUGGUUUUGGACUUCCUCAAUUUCAUUUUGAGGAUACUCCUACUCCUACAGAUGCAUGUCCUGAGCCUGAAUCUCAGUGAAUCUGAUUCACUCAGUCAUACACAGACUAAUACUAGUCAUAUAAUUCAUUUAUAUCCUCAUUCUUUAGAUUGACUUGAACUGAUACUAACAGAUAGAGUCAGUUAAUCAGAGUUAAGAGUGUAAGACUUAAGUUAAGUCACUUUCUUCAGACACAAAUCAAAUCUCUAACCCCAUUCUUAAUUUAUUGUUAUUUGUCUCUGACAUAAAAAAAUUUCAUAAAAUAGCAAGCCUAUGAUGCUUAGCUUGGCCUAAACAUCACAUAUUUCUGUAAUCUUCAAUUAUUCGUAAUGAUUGAUAAAUAAAUUAAUUCAGGAUUAGUAUGCUAAACAGAUGGAAUCAAACUCAAGAACUCUACAAAAUAUAUUUUUACAUCUGUAUAACAGAAUGAAGAUCCAUACAGAAAAAAAUUUUUUUUUAAAGUUUAAUUAAUAAUUUUAAAACUUUAACUUUAACAUCAUUUAAUUAUCAAAGUUUUGAAUGCAUGCAAACUCUUCGUGAUUGAUAUUUUGUCCUGUCAAUGAAUUCAUGUGCAGCAUACUGACCAAUGAAUUAGAAUUCAUGUUUAAAGUUUAGCAUACCUUCUUGUUCUUAUUUGAUUGAUAGGCCUAAUUUUCAUAAAUAAUCUCCCCUUCUCUUUGCGUGUAUUUUAACAUGUUAAUGGGAUAUAUGUGCAUUGAUCACAUCUUUUAAACAAAACUAGCGUGUAAUAAGGUCAAUGUUUGCCUAUUUUGCAUUGGUCAAAUAGCAAUAUUCAGUAUCAUUAAUGUCUACUAUGACAUGAUGAAUUUGAAUUUGCUGGCAAUGAAGAUAUUUAGGGGUGUGCCGGAUCCCGGUCCGGAAUCCGGUUCCGCCGGAUUUUGCACUAUCCGGUGAAAUCCGGUUCCGCCGGAUUUACAUGUAUCCGGAACAACCGGAUUCCGGAAUCAGGAAUAUACCGGAUUUCGGAAUUUGCCAGAUUUUGUGACUCACCGGAUCAUAAUCUGAAAUAAAAGUAAUUCUCUUUCCCGAAUUUCACACGAUCACGAUACAUUAAUCGAUUGUUUCGAGCGUUGAGCUUGUUUAAUGUUUAAUAUUCCGUACAUACCAGAGGCUAGAGUCAGCACCGCUAAUAGUGGCCAAUAGUGUAGGGACUUUGAUAAGAAAAUUUAAACUUUUUGUAAAAAUAAACCAAUGGCAUAGUUGAAAAGAUGUAAUUUUUUAAAGAAUUAUAACACCAAAAUCAUAUUUUUAGCUGUUGUAGUUUUAAAGUUAUGAAUUUUUAAAGUACGACUUGGUUUGUCAUUUUUUAACAUGGACUGCAUCUCCACAUUCUGUGAUCUCAUUCCACCAAUCCCGUCAUGCGCAAUGACUAUAUAGUUUAUAUAAGGCAACGCAUUCCCUGCCUUAUCACUAAAAUACUGUUUAGACUUAGUUUAAACUUUCAACUUUGGCACAUGAAUAAUUAAUUAAAGCUUUCCCUGACCAAUGGUUUAAUAGUUUUUGCACACGGCAAACUCUUAUGAAUGAAACUCUGAGGUAGUACUACGAUACAGUUAUGCAAGUGGCUGUGAAUGGUUGCCAAUGACAACGUGUUGCACACGGUAAAUUCUGAUCAUUUAUAAUAUGGAUUCUACCGGGUUGUUAAAGCUCAAAUUAAAACAUUCCAGUUUUAAUGUCUUUAAAUGCAUUCUGAAACACAAGUUAUCAAUUAUUUUGAUGUAAAUAGUGAUAAUAAAUUAAUAUUUCCUAAGUAUCGUCAACUUCCGACAUUAAAAAGGGGGGCGUGGCCAACCCCAUGGCGAAAUUAGGUUGAGCGAGCUGCAUAACCUGCUGCGAACGCGUAGAAACAUGGCGUCUCUCGUAAGACACUUAUCCAAAUGGAACGGAACUCAAAUAUAUAUCGAAAGUACUAAUUUAAUAAUAAAUAGACACACACAUCGGAAAAUUAAAAACUCGGAUUUUUUGGCGCCGAUUGCGAAUUCCCAUACACAAAAAGUAGUAGUCCACCUUGACUUACCGAAGUAUCUACCAAUAGUACCGGAAUCCGGGAGAAACCGGAAUCCGGAUCCGGCGGAUUUCGCAUAAGAAAAUCCGGAUCCGGUUGGAAAAAACGGAUCCGGCACACCCCUAAAGAUAUUAGACAUGGACCAUGGACUAUUCUUUAGUUUAAUGAAGGGAAAUACAAUUCGUCCAUCUUGUCCAAGUUUUAAUUUUACCUUCAAUUUAUAAUAGGCAGUGUCUACACGUCCGGCGCGCCGGACGUAUAUCUCCCGCACUAUUUGUCUGGCGACCAAGUCACAUGUCGGUCAGCCUUGUCACGUGACAGCGAAUGAUUCAAAACUAUUGUUAAUUUUAAAAUAUAUUUCUCUACCAAGUAAUGUACUGAGUAUCUUGAAUACAAAUAAUAGAAAAAAACUUAAGUGAAAGUGGCUUGUAAACAUUUUAUUUAGUUUGUUAUUUGAGUUUGUGUACCAGUAAUCCAUGAAAUAAAUUAGGGACCCAUAUUCAUAUGGAGUAGGCAACCAAUAAAAGUAAAAGAUUUCAUUUUAAUUGUUUAAAUUGCUACAAAAUAUUUUAAAAAUUCUCAUGAAACUACUGUUGCUGAUGAACAUGAUAAUAUAAAUAUAGUAUAAAAUAUUUUUAAUUAAAAUGGGGAAAAAAAAAUUAUCCUAUACCCAGUAUUGAUCCUCAUCAUAAUAAUGUCAAGCGACCACUCUACCACAAGACCACACAAGAUCUACCGAAUUACACUUCGUUCGGAAUAAUAACAACUACUAGCCGUUCGGCGGACAUUUGACAUGCUGCCGGACGUAUAUCUCGCGCACUAUUUGUCCGCCGUGCCGGACGUGUAGACACUUCUUUUAUAAUAUAGCCUUAUUUUUCACCAUAAUGGAAUAGUCAUGUAUAUAAUUAUUUAUAUUUAUUAACAUAGAGGCUAUGUGGACAUUAAGUGUUCAUUUAGGAGUUAUAAUAAGAAUUACACAAACUAAUUUGUAAUCAUGGUUUACUACUCUAGUGGUUGUGGUUCUAGUUACUACAGAACGGCAAUAGCAUAAACAAAUCGUCUCAAUGAAAACGUUCACAGUGUCUAAAUUAGAUAGCCUACCAAUCUCAGAAUUUUGACCAAAGGUCAUUUUGAACAGACCAAGAGGAUUUUAGCUUCAUUUUGACCAAUUUGGAUUUUAUUCCAUUGCCAGUCAUCAGUCAUGAUUUUCAACAUGUCGUGUGCAAAAUAUUUCUUUUCUAAAUCCAUUGAAAAACCUUACAGAAUCCUGUAUGGCCUUACGUUUAAAACGGGUACAAGUUAUGGGUAAACUGUACAGAUUGGCAUGUAUGGCAUAGGCCUACUGUAUAUAGUAUGUGACCCCCUCAUUCUAAAACAAAUAGGCCUACUAAGUCUAAAUAAAUUUAAAACUUUUAAGUUUCUCUUCACUCUAGAAAUGUUUGGAGUGCUUCUUGGGGUUUGGGGGAGUUUAAGACAAGAGCCUUGCAAAAUGUUGCCUCCAUCUAUCCUCUGUGACAGUAGUACAUUCUCUGCUUUCACUGGAAGGUCCAGGGUCUGUCUGUCGUUUCUUAUCAGCAGUCAUGUAGUUUGAGUUUGGUACAGUGUCCUGUUGUUCCAGCAGCUGUCUUGGAUCCUGUGCAAGUUUCUUUACACUACAUUGGUUCCCAUUUUGUGCUGAAAUCUAAAUGUUAGCCUAAAGACAUCAGCCUACUUUAAAGUUUAAAAUAUAUAAAUGUAUUAUUUUUGUCUGUUUUUAAAAAAAGGCUUAUUAUGUCUAAUAAUUGUUAUUAAUCCUUUUGGGACUUGAAGUUUAACCAUUUUAAUAUUUUAUCAAAGUAUAAUCAAGCCAUGGCUAAACGAGGGGCAGAUUCAGAAUUAAAUGACAGAAAUUGGAAUGAUGAAGUAGAGCCAGAAGAGGUUUGUUUUUUUUGUUGUCAUUUUGUUCAACCUAAUUCUAGAAAUACAAUCUGUUAUUUUGACUAGAUCUCUAACUGUUCAAUGUCCAAGUGGAAAUCAUUGUUUGUUUUUUAAUUUGAAUUUUUAAAAACCUUUUAUGAAAAUAUAUAUUUACAUUUUUAUUCUUUUGGUUAAAUAUAACUACAUGCCUACAUUGGCUAAUUUUUAUACUUAGUUGAAUAUGCCUACUUAUGCUAAUAUUGAUUAUUUUCCAAUUUUUGUUUUGCAGGCAGGAGUUUUUGAAAAGGCCCCUGAAGAUGUUUUACAACAUAGGGUCAUGAAGAAAGCUAAACGAAGGGUGCUUACAGAUGAAGGACCUGUAAGUUUUUUUUCUUCAACAUUAUUCAAACUUCAGAAUUGUUCAGGGAUAGAGUAGAAAGUGUCAAGGGGUGUGAGAAGACACCAACAUUUUUGAAAGGAACAAAGUCUAAGCAAAAAACUGAAAAACACAACAAAAAUACCUUUUUUAUAACACGAGGGGGGGAUCAUUAUAUUUUUCACUAUUUAAAAAGUAAGUAUAGACUAGGUGUUGAAUCUGCCUGAUUAUUUUGAAUAUAUUUUUCAAGGAUAACAUGAAGGUGCAGAAAACGGUAGAUUACAAUCAAUUAUUAAUUAUUGACUCUCCUCUGUCAUUUGCAGUUUGGAUACAGGUAUGAUUUAUAUCUGGGAGGGGGGGGACGGGACUGAAAAUGUUUGGAAAUCAAUAGGGGUUGCGUCACUGCAAAUAUGUUCAGAACCCCUGUUCUUGAGUUUGUUUAUCUGCUACCCUUUUUUUUGUUUGUUGUGAAAAUAGUGCUUUCAUUUGUCUUUUUUUCUCUUUUAUAAUCUGGCAUUGAGAGACAAAUAAAAUUGUAAAUGACCUCAUUGGUUUGCGCAUAUCAUGCCAUGCCAACUAAUUUCACCAUGACAACACUACAACCCAUAUCAGCAUUGAUAGUUCAUCAAAUAAUUUAUAAAACAUUUGAGAUCAUUUGUUUAAAAAAAAUUAUAAAAUGGGAAUUUUAAAUUCGUUUGAUAUCCCUUUAAGAUCCUUUGUUAUCCAAUGCUUUUGUAAAUUUGAUGGUGUUUAAUAUCCACUUAACAUUUAUCUUAUCGAAAUUUUUUUGUAUACCAGUUAUUACCUCUCACCUAUAACUAACAUAAAUUACACCUUCUCUAUGCCAUCAGAGCUCAAAAACUGCAGCCUUUACUGGAUUUUCAGGCCUUGGGAAACCAGCACAAUCCAAACCUCUAGAGCCUUUCUCAGGUUUCAAAAAUUUGGAUGGUAAAUCUGGUUUUGGUGUCAAACCUAUUUCAUUAGGUGGAGCAUCAUCUUUCAAUGGAACUGAAGACCUAACAUUUAAGGGUCAGGGGGACACUAAAGAGACGUCAUCAUAUCUCAAUUUCCUUAAAAGUCUGAAUGAAAGUGUCCUGGCUUGGAUUAAAAAACAUGUGGAUGACAAUCCUUACAUCAUCCUCACACCCAUAUUUAAAGACUAUGAAACUUACCUUGCAACCGUUCAACCAGAUACAUCUGUUGUAAGCAGUAGCAAGAAAGAUGCAAGUCGGGAGGCAAAAAAUAAUGACAAUUGUAACAAAGCUAUAACUAAUUCAAAUGCUAGUUCAGCCACUAAGCCAACUGCUGAAGAUAAAUCCAAGUUUACUUUUGGUCAGGCUACAUCAGAAUCUUCUUCAACAAAAGGCUUUGCCUUCGAACCUUCUAACAGUACUGCUGGUAGGUGUAAUAUAUUUAGUUAUAAUGAUGUUAAAUGGUAUCUUGUUUGGCUCUCCGGUUACUCAAGAUUGUAGUAAUAGAAAUUACUACAUACUAGAAAUUAAUAGAUAAUUAAGAUUUUACAAUUUACAACAUCUGUGGCAAAAAUAAAACAAUUAUCAACAGUAAUUCACCUGCAGUCUUCAGUUUUCAAUGUUUCAGGGAGUGGAUUCAUAGAAAAUUGUGACAUAGAAUCGAUUAAGUGCUAAGAUAAACUAGUUUCCUCACUUCUCUUAAGAUCUUUUACAUCUUGUGCUUAAGGGAUUUUUAAAAAUCCAUAAGUAAUGAAGUUUAGCAAUAAAGUAAAACCCCACUCAAUCAGGAAGUUUUAAACUAUUCUGCUUGCUUUUACUGUUAAAUUAUGAGCAUAGAAAAAAUAUAAAAGCACUUUUUUUUUCAAUUUUCAGCUAUUGGCCAAAUAAAAUUCUCCACAACCCCUCAGUCUGAUACAGCAUUUAAAUUUGGUCAGAGUUCUGAAACGGCUACAAGUUCUGGUUCAAAACCUGCUUCGUUUGGCUCAACCUUCUCCUCCCAAAGUGGGGGGUUUUCAUUAGCAGCAGCCACAAGUUCCCUAGGAGCUGGUACUUCACAAGACACUGAUGCAAAAGGUUGGUCAUUUCAUUUGGAUUUAAUUAGCAUCACAGCCUUAUGUAAGAGGUUGGACUUAACUAUAUUUUAUACUUGUUCAUUUAUCUUGACUUAUCAUGAUGCUGAUUUAUAAGACAGCUGACUGUAUAUUUUUUUUUUAGUGGUUUCCUUUUUAUUGGUAUUUAACUAUUGCUUUAUUAAUCAUACAGCACACAUGAGAGAGCUUUUCAAUUAAAAUGAGCUCAUAAGAGUAAUUUUCCUUCUAUCUCUAGCUAUUGGCCAAAUAAAAUUCUCCACAACUCCUCAGUCUGAUACAGCAUUUAAAUUUGGUCAGAGUUCAGAAACGUCUACAAUUUCUGGCUCAAAACCUGCAUUUUCGUUUGGCUCAACCUUCUCCUCCCAAAGUGGGGGGUUUUCAUUAGCAGCAGCCACAAGUUCCCAAGGAGCGGGUACUUCACAAGACACUGAUGCAAAAGGUUAGUCAUUUCAUUUGGAUUUAAUUAGCAUCACAGCCUUCUUUAUUAUAAGAUUUAUGGGGCUGUAGGCAUCACAGCCUUAUCUAAGAAGUUGGACUUAACUAUAUUUUAUACUUGUUCAUUUAUCUUGACUUAUCAUGAUGCUGAUUUAGUAGAAAGCUGACUAUUUCAUUAGAUCUAAAGCAAAAAUUAAUUAGUUGUAUUUAGCUGUCAGUGAGCUGUCUUAGUUUAUCUUUUUUUUGUUUGUGGUUUACUUUUUACUGGUACUUAAAUAUUUUUUUAUUAAUCAAACAGCACACAUCAUAGAGCUUUCAAUUAAAAUGAGCUCAUAAGAGUAAUUUUCUUUCAUCUUUAGUAACAUGCCUCCUAAGUUUAAACAUUUUAUUUUGAACCCUGAAUGUGAAGACGUAAGGGGGCAUAUAUUAAUUACGCCACACAACAAACAACAAAAUAGCGGGGGAGGGGGUCUGGAAAUGUUUGAAACAGGGGGGGGGGUGUUGGGGUUUAAGAUUAGUUGACGUCAACAAUCAUGUUUUUUCCAGUAGAAUUUUCAUAUUAAAAAUUGACUUGUAUUUACAUUAUUUUGAAGCAAAUGCCCCCUGGCUACUCCAUGGGAAAAUGAUAACAGAUAGAAACUAUACUAUAAUUGGCAGCUAUACUGACAAUCAUAUUUAUAAUUCCACAAAAAUGAUAUUUAGUCCUUAACAACCUUUUAAUUGAUUCUGCAUUAUAAAAUUUAAGUGUAAAAACUUUUUAACUUGUUAACAAGCGAAACAUGUAACAAAAUGACUUCCCUACAAUUCUAUGUGUCAUUUAAAUAGAUCAGCACAAAGUAAAAUGUAUUUAUAAAUUUAUUUAUAUUAUAAUUUAUUUUUAGGGGGGGGGGGAUUAUAUGAAAAUGUUGACUAAUUAAAGGGGGGGGGGGGACAUCAAAAGUUUGAUUGUCGUUGACAAGGGGAGGGGUAAAAAUUGCUUAAAAAUUGUUGAAAUAAUUAAUGGACGACCCUUAAGAAAAAUUUUUAACCAAAAAAAUGGGGGGGUCAUCAAAAGUUUGACUGUCGUUGACAAGGGGAGGGGUAAAAAUUGCUUAAAAAUUGUUGACAUAAUUAAUGGACGACCCUUAAGACAAAUUUUUAACCAAAAAAAUUUCAAUUGUAAUUUAACAUUAUUUUUAUUUUUUAGAUGAUGAAGAAUAUGUUCCCCCAAAACCAGAAGUCAAAGUAAUUCUGGAAGAAGAUGCACUCUUUUCUAUAAGGUAAAAACUUUUCACAAAUUAAAGAAAUGAACAAAAUGCUUACUGUAAAAGUUAAUUUAAAAAUGUAUUUAUUAAUAUUAAUAACAUUAGGACACAAAUUAGCAGAAUCAGUUAUAGUUAUUACACCGACAUUAAAAUCGAGGCAUAAUUUGUUAUGAGUACUUACCUUCCCUCUUAAAUUAUGGGAAUGCAGAAAGCACUACUUCUUACUCUUGGGCCUUAUUAAUACUAUAUUAAUUUGUUUUUUAAGUUUGCAGGUAUGGUUUAAUAUUUACGACACAUCAAGAAUAAUUAGUCAUUUUUUAAAAUGAAGUCCAUUCAAACUUUCUCUUAAAGAUUUUUAAUUAAAUUGUAAUAAUGGUACAAGAAAUAUUAAACCGAUAUCUCAUAAUUUUUUAUUUAAUAUCUGUAUAGAUAUAUUUUAAAAAUAGAAUGUGGCAUUAUUUGUAAAAAUCUGAUUCAUUAGAACUGAUUUUUUAUUUUGUUACAAGUAUGUUGUACAUACUUAAAUAAGCAUUUACAAAUAAUGUUUCUAGAUGCAAGCUAUUCCACCAAAAAGAAGGCAAGUGGGUGGAUAGAGGUGUGGGAAAUUUGCAUCUGAAGCCUGUGGGUGAAGAAAAGAGUCAACUCCUUGUGAGAGCUGAUACCAACUUAGGUAAGCAUGUGUCAAUAUAUAUAUGCAUAUGCACUUUUUGCUAUUUAAAUGUGGUGUAAAAAAAUACUUUGCAUAUUAUUUACAUUAUUUGUUGUGAAUAUAUUUGGUAAUUCAUUUUUUAAUUCACUGUUCGUUCUAACUUUUUUUUUGUAUACCUUUGCUUUAGUGGGUAUUUUAGAAAACAAUAUGCAAGGAGUCAAUAAUAAAUAUAAUAGUUUUAAAAUUCUGCUUCCAACUUCAGCAUAUGCAUCGAUGAUGACUUUAGAUGAACCAGGAAACAAAAUGGUCUUUUCGGGCACCUAAAGUAUAAAUAUUUGAUUUUUAUCAAUCUCAUAUUUUUGCAGGUAACAUUCUACUGAAUAUAAUGCUGAGCUCAACAAUGCCAGUUAGCAGACAAGGCAAAAACAAUGUCAUGUUGGUUUGUGUCCCUAACCCUCCAAUUGAUACCAAAGCUGACGCUGACAAUACCCCAGUUCCAAUGCUAAUUAGAGUGAAAACAGAGGAAGAUGCAGAUAAUCUGGUAGCAAAAAUAGAAGAGAGAAAAAGGUUGCUUUGAUAUUUAUUAAGGACUAUAAUUAAUUGUUGAUUUGUUACAUGGGCUUUGUAAAUGGUAGCUUUCGUCUGAGAACUUGGAAAAUAAAGUUAUAGCAUGGACAAAUAAAACACAUUCAAGUGUACCGUAACUGAAGAUCUUAUAAUAUUUCUGCUUUAACUGAGAAAAUGGUGUCAAUUUUUCAUGGCUUUACUAAUAGUUACCCUGUGUUAAUGGAUGUUAUAUUUCAUAUGUAAUUUUUACAAUUAAAUAAACUCCUUGCUGGCCAUGAGAGAUGAGACUGAAAGUAUGUUCCGCAUAUUUUGUGAGAGACUAAUUGAAAAGCUCAUCACUCUGAGCCUGAGAGAAUUUGUUAAUAAUAAUUGUGGCAUGACCCAUUAUCCCAUGCAUCUGCUUUCUGUUAUGAAUUCAUGUUGCAGCAGGAGAAAUGUGUACUACAGGAAUAUAUUAAAGAAACAAAUAAUAAAU